GAUGUGGCAAACUUGAAUUCAUCAGUUGUCAACAGUUACUUUCCUGUGAGCAGUACUGUAUGGAUAACUGUGGCAUAUGUGGUUAUAUUCGUCUUCGGCUUCUUUGGUAACAUCUGUAUCAUUUACAUUGUGGUUUCUCGUAAACAGAUGAGGACUAAAUUCAAUUUCUUAAUUGUAAAUAUGGCAGUUGGAGAUCUACUUGUUUCUCUCUUCAUUAUGCCGUUUGAGGUGAGUGACAAUUUUCCAAUUGUUAGGGGUUAAUUUAUUGUUUAGUUUCGUUAUGCGAAAAGCUCUCACUCACUUCCAGCAGCAUAACGCAUUUUUUAUUUCCUACUCUAUUAGGUCGUGUUGUGAUUGAAAAACCUAUCUUGAAUACCUUCCUGUCUUUGUAGGUGAAAUUUUUUUACACUGGCACUGCAUGGAUCCCAGGGUUAGUGGGAAAAGUCACGUGCAAGCUUGUUAAGUUCAUGGGGGUCUUGUCAAUCGCUGUCAGCAUCAUAACACUUGUCUUCAUUACAGUGGAUCGUUACUUCGCCAUUCUUCAUCCACUUCGAGAUAUACGUUUCAUUCGAAACACAAAACUGGUCACUGCUGUGAUAUGGAUCACGUCUUCCCUGUUUUUCCUGCUGUAUCUCUUGCUUUAUGACGUUGUAAAGAGUGCUGAUGGCUUUCAUUGGGAAUGCACAAUGGUUGGGAAUUUCUUUUCCUCAGACAUAAGUGUCUGGUUUUCUAUCAGCAGAGCCUAUUUCAUGGCCAUGUUCUUGAUACUGUAUUUGGUUCCUCUAGUUGUCAUCGCUUGGGUUCAUGUUCUCAUUGGUCGACAUCUUUGUUCACGCCAGAUCCCAGGGGAGCCGACAGCCCAUCAGAGACAUCAAAAUGAACUGUCCAAGCGCAAGGUACUACGCAUGAUCAUCAUCGUGGUGGUGACGUUUGCGCUGUGUUGGUUGCCAACUCACAUCCAGCAUUUACUCAUUUUCUAUUUUAAUAACACUUAUAAGGCUUUGCUCAAAGUUGAACGCCUGAAUUCCUUUUUAUUUUUUCCAGCACACGCCAAUAGUGCGUUAAACCCUUGUCUGCUUAUUAGUUUAAACCAAAGAUUCACUAAUGAGUUCAAGGGAAUUCUCAGAUGUCUUUUUUGCCGAAAUCCCGUUCUCACGAGAAGAAGCAUUGGCACAGAACCACCCGUUGUUCUAACUCGCAUACGAAAGACUGUUCGUCAAUGUAGUAACACUGUUAUCCCUCUUCACACUCAACAGCGUCCUCGGUCUCAGAGCUGUUCGUUUUGAAUCUUCAUUUUUUUGCAAUGAGUUAGACAACAGGAUAAAAACCUAUCAAAACCAUUAAGAUUGAUAUCUUAGAAAUGUAACCAUGGCUGAACUGUUCUCAGUAGUGCUUGCAUUGUUCAAUAAACGAAAGAUAAAGCAUCAUAACUGGUAAGCCAAGCUAGGGAAAAAGUUGCAUAGAAAAGUUUCAUAAUAUAUGCGAAAAGCUUCGUUUACUAGGUAGGAAGUUAAUGGACCACGCUCGACCAGUGUGCUUUGCACGCAGUUGUUCUUGUUAUUAUACGGGAACUCAUUACUGUUUCUGUGAAACCGUGCUUACUAAAGUGGCCGUAGUGUUUGUCAAUAUUUUCAUGCUAAAAAUAGAACAAGGUAUUAUCAACCAGAGUACAACUAAACCGUCAAUUUAGAAGAGGUAUAAUGACUCCGUUUCUGUGUGUGGAAAGCAAGCGAAGAUUUUGAUUGCGUCACAAUAAAAUUUAUUUGAUCCCCUCCCCCACUACGACUCUGUAGUAUUCUACUGAUAUCCCCUCGUUUGCAGUCAGUCAACAAUAGUCGCCCCUUUAUACUCUGUUAGCGACCACCGAUAUCCCCUGUGUUCCCCCAGAAAUCCACGUGAUCCCCUCCCCCUACGUUUUUGAGAAUGUAUGAAUUUAAUCUAAUCUGAUUUUAUUUUUAUAAACCACUGCGUGAAUGAUAUCGUAGUUCUUUCGUGUUUUAAUGUUACAAGGUGUCAAACACUGGAAACCAAGCUUGUACUCAUUCCUUAAUCUGCGAACAAAGUCAGUGGUGGUUGUUUAUCUAAUAUUAAACAACGUAUCUUUUCAAUAGAAACUUAGUAACGGUAUAUAUUUCCGAUUCCGUUUUAUGUUUUGGAGCCUUACACACACCAGAUCUUCGUGCAACACUGAGACAUUUUCUGUAGAGAUUGGACAGUAGUAGAAAGUUGCCUUUUUCCUACCUUUUUUUUUUCUUUAUCAUAAACGUGUAAAUGAACGUUCACUCUUCUAUGAAUCUCGCAUAUCCGGUCAAACACAGCCCAUAGAAUUUUAACUCUCAGUUACUCCUCUAAUAACAGACGAACAAUCUAAGGCCUGUUUCAAAUCCUUACCACUGGAACCUCUGUUUUCUACAUGCGCUAAAGGAUAUACAACCGGUAACACAGUUAACAAUAACUAAUCCAGUGCUCAUGUUGGGUGUCAACUGUAUAGGAGAAUCAC